GUUAUUUUCGUACGAUAAAAAUACUUCCUUAGUUAAUAAAUAAAGUUUCUUUGUACUACUAAACAGUAUCCUACUCAAUAAACUAUCAACUUUCCCCCAUCAAAGAGAGAUUAAUCCGGUAAGAAUGUCUGUUGAAGAAGAAAUUACCUUUAUCUAUUAUAAAUCUCAAAUUGAAACCCUACUGGAGGAUGGUAAUAUGAUAGAAUCAUUCUCAAACUUUGGAUUUGAACCGGAUAAUGCGGAAUCUCAUAUUGAAAGUAUGACUGGUUUACCAACAAUUCAAUCUAUGGAGGAAAAUUUUAAUAAACAAUCUCUUAAUCGUAUAAUAACUAUCCUGAAAGAUUUGAAGAGUGAAAGAUCAAUUGAACUGGUAAAAAAUCUAGAAGAACCAAAUUUCACUUGGAAUCGUCUAGUUCAACAUGUAAAGAAUAAGAGAAAAGAGGAUAUAUUGCAAACUGACUCAUAUAGCAAUAUGAACUUGAGCGAAAUGAAUAAUACUAUUGAAUUAUUUAAAUUAGCUGAUAAAGAUAAGAUUCAUGAUGUUAAUUGUAUAAAUUAUUCAAAUUUUCAUGAAUUAUUUAACAAAGGAUUUAAUAAAAUUUUAGUUCAAGGUGACCCUGGAAUAGGAAAAACAAUUCAAAUAAGAAGUCUCAUUUCCUCUUGGUAUAAUGAUGAAUGGAACGAAAAUUUAAAUACAUUAGUCCUACUUAUUUCACUGGACUAUAUACAACCUUUUGUUGACAUUAUUGAUGUAAUACUAAAGCAGAACUUUCUCAACAUUCCCUAUAUUAAUAGACGUAUAGUAGAGCUUCUCUUGACGGAGAAAAGUAAAAAUGUACUACUUUUUAUCGAUGGAGCCGAAAAACUUCGCGUUGUUUCCAAGUCAAUAGACGAUAUACUGGAAAAGGCUAAUUGCCCUGUUCAAACAGUUAUUUGGUCAAAUAAACGAAGAGCGAAACAAAUUGCGGAUACAUGCGACGUAAUUUUUGAAUUGAAUGGUCUAAACUUGAAUCAGUUAGAUAAACUAUUGAAUCAUUACUACAAAAAUAAAGAUUCUCUUAUAGCCGACUUUACAAAAGCGAUUUCUCAACAAAACUCUCAAAUUAUUACAGAUUUAUGUAAAAUUCCAGAAUUUUCCUUAAAUCUCUUUCAAGUUUGGAUGAAAGAUAUGAUAUUAUUUACAAAGAAUACAUUCGAAAUAUUAGAAGAGAUAAUCAAUACUUCACAAAAUGGAAAGGUAUAUAGUAUUAAAUUUUCCAAAUCUUCUACUAAACUCAUUGAAAAGUCUUGUUUUAAAAUGUUAACUAAAGAUAAAUUAACUUUAUCAACAAGAUCAAUAGAUAAGAGGAUCAUUUUAAACUAUUUUAAGGGUUUAGCUCAUAUUGAUAUUGAAUCGGACAUAAAUUUUGGUCAAGUAACAUUUCUUCAUCAGUCGAUUAAAGAAUAUUUUGCGUCAAAAUUUUUAAUACGUACAUUGGAAAACUUCAAUUUAUGUUGCCUUAGAAAUAGAGAUGUAUAUUUGGAUUUAUUAUUUGAAAAUGACUAUUCAACAUCAUUCAAUAUAUUGAAUUUUAUUAGACAAUAUUCAAGACAAUUAUUUCAAGAUAUUGUUUAUAGAUCGGAGAAAUUUCAAAUAUUCUCCAAGUUUAGUAACAAUUUUAUGAAUUUAAUUGAUAAGGAGUUGAAGGAUAAAACACUUUUACAGUUACAAGAUGAAUGGUUAAACGACGCUGCCGUCUCUAUUCUAUUUGAGAAAAAAGGAAUGUACUUAAAUGAAAUAAUCUUUAAAAAUAUACAAUUAAAUCUAAAUACGAUAAUCCAAACAAUUAGCAGACAUUGUCCUAGUUUGAGAAAUCUUUAUUUAGAUAAUCAAGGCGACAAUAACAAUAACAAUGGCAAUAGAACUAUAUCUAUGGAGCACAUCAUUACUCUAAUUAAAUCAAUACCAAUCGAGAAUAUAUCGCUAGAUGGAACUUUCUUCGAAAUAAUUAAAACAAACGUCCAAUCAAGUUUGUCAAAUAAACUCUAUAUAUCCGAUUUAAGGAUGAUUAACGAAUCUCAUUCUAAGAAAGUCAUUAUCUACGUAACGUUUGGAUCAAUUUAUAUGAAAACUUUUAUAGACGAAUGUCGAAAUUAUUCAUUAUUUAGAAUUAAUAAUUGGUUGAAUUUUUUGGAAACUUGCCAAUCAAUUAAUUCGUUUAUACUAAAACAUAAAACUAUUACUAAAAGAAUAUACGAACAACUAUUGGAUUUAUUUAUUAAAUGGAAAGAAUGUAAUAUUACACCGGAUGUAAAUUUGGAGAAUUUUUCCAUUGAAUUAAACAAUGAAGAUCUCUAUAAUAACGUUGAUUCUAAGGGAAUUAAUGAUGAUUAUCUUAAUGAAAAAACACUACCUUUUAACGAUAUGGAAUUGAAUAUUUGUUCAACUGUACAAAUACUUCAAUUUUCAAGAAUUAAUAAAGAUAUUAUUCAACAUCUCAUUCAAAAUAAUCCUUAUAUUUCAUCACUAGAAUUUAACGGACUUUUCUAUAUGCUUAAUCAACAUUUAGUUGGUCAAAGAAAUCUUCGUAUCGAAGAGUUUCUCUUCGGUCAUAGACCUAUAAAAUUUCUUAAGGAUUACUUAAUAAAUCGCUCAAUAGUCGAAAAACUUUCAUUCGAAAAGACAAACUUUUGUAAUCAUUUUUUAAAAAAUGAAAUUAUUGAACAAACUACCAUCUUUAAACAUCUUAAAAUUCUUGAAAUAAAUGACUGUAAUCUCUCUCAAAAUCAAGCAACGCUUAUUGGAUAUUGUCUUCAACUGUGUAGACAUAUUGAAACACUCUCUUUACAGUCAAACAGUCGUAUGGAUAAAGGAUUUAUAGAUAUAUGCAAUGGAUUAGAAAGGGUUAAGACCUCGAUAAAAAAUCUUAAUUUUGAUUUCUGCUAUUUGAACGAAAGUCAAUCAAGACAUUUAGGUAAUUGCCUUCUUACUGGAUUAAAUAUUGAAGAUCUUUCCUUAAAAGCCAAUCAAAAUAUGAAUAAAGCGUUCAAUACAAUUUGUGAAGGUCUUAUGAAAUCGGUAUGCACUUUAAAGAGAUUAAAUUUAGAUGACUGUUACCUGAAAGAUAAUGAUCUUGUUCAAUUUAAAGAAUUAUCAUUGAUGCUUUCAAAUAUUGAAAUACUUUCAUUAAAGGGUAAUAGAGGAAUGAAGAAUUCUCUAGACAACAUUUGUACUGGAUUGACAAAAUCGUCCAGUACACUCAAAAGCUUAAAUAUGGCUCAUUGGAAUUUGAAUUGCGAUGAAUCGAAGAAAUUAGCCAAAUGUUUAGGAGAUUGUCUCACUUUAGAAGCAUUAUCUGUAGAAGGGAAUGAACAUAUGAAAUAUGGAUUGAACGUUUUAAGUAACAACGUUAAAAAUUCUUGUUCUUUCAUAAAGUGUUUAAACUUUGACAAUUGUAAUUUAACGGAAGUUCAAGUAGUAAGUUUGGCAGAAUGUCUAGCAGUUUGCUCAGAUAUUGUUGAGUUAUCUUUCAAAGGAAAUAAGAACAUUCUUAACGGAUUUAUAAAAGUUUCUACAAGGAUGUCUAUUUCUCUUCCAAAUCUUCAAAUUCUUUAUCUAGAUAAUUGCUCUUUGAUCGAUAGACAGUUGGAAUAUCUAGGAAAAUUAUUGGUAACUAGUUCAAAUAUUGAAAUUCUAUCUUUAGCUGGUAACAAGGGAAUGAAAAAUGGAUUUAAUCAUAUCUGCGAAGGAUUAAAGAGGUCUGUUUCAAAAAUAAAACAUCUCAAUUUCGAUGAUUGCGCUUUGACAAAAGUUGACCUAGUUUCUCUUAGUGAACUCUUAAGUCUCUGUUCACAAGUUGAAAUACUCUCUCUAAGUUUGAAUAAAGGAAUGAAAGAUGAAUUUAAUACGAUAUUAACCGAAUUGAAUAGGUCGAUAGAACAACUAAAGAAGCUUUUCUUCAACGAAUGCGAUAUAGACGAAAGCCAAGCAAAAGCGUUAGCAAACUCCCUUCAGAUCUCUUCCAAAAUUAGUACAUUAUCUUUAAAAAGAAAUCCAAAUAUGGGAGUAGGAUUUUACAAUCUUUGCAAAGGCCUAGGCAGCUCUUCAUACAAUAUAAUAGACGUUUAUUUGGAUGAAUGUAAUUUGGACGAAAGUCAGGCUAUAUCUUUUGGUAAUUGUUUACGUUUUUGUUCAAAUUUAAAGGUUCUAUCGUUAAACGGAAAUGAGCAUAUGAAAGGUGGAUUUAAGAGUAUUUGUACCGGUUUACAAAGUUCGCGCAAUUGUUUCAAAGUAAUCUAUUUAGAAUAUUGCAACUUGAAUGGUAAUCAGGUCAAAUGUUUUGGAGAAUUUCUAAAAGUCUGUUCAUAUGUUCAAUUGUUAUCAAUGAAAGGAAAUGAGAAUAUUGGAGAAGGAUUUGCAGAUAUUUGUGAGGGUAUUAUUAAUUCCGCCAAUUGUCUUAAAAGUCUUAACUUUGACGAUUGCUCUCUGAAUGAACAUCAGGCCAAAUAUUUGGAAGAAUCUUUGAAUGUUCUCCAUUAUAUUGAAAGUUUUUCUAUUCGAGGAAAUAAUGAAAUAGGUCGUAAAUUUAAAGCAAUUAGUAAAUCAUUUGAGAUAUCCAGAAGACAAGAAACAAAUGCAAAUGGUAAUAGUUAUCCUAUUUCUCAAGAACAAGUUAUCUCUGUAGGAGAGAUAGAUCAGACAUUAUCGAAUAUCUAAAAAAAUGACUUUUGAGAAGUAGUAGCGUCUAGUCCGGAGGAGGGAGUUAAAUGAAAUGAAGCCCCACCUUCAACGGAAGUAGAAUAGGCAUCAAUUGUGUCCUUAAAAGAAGCCUAUACCUCUAAUUCGAUAGAUGAAAAUUAUAGACUCAUUCCUGAAGAUGAAUGAAGAAAAAAAUCAUCCAACGCCACCGUUACAAUCAUAAUUGUCAAAUAAACAAGUUUUAUUAGCAAUAGAAAAGAGGUAAUGACAAUUAAGUAAAUGAAACUAUGUUCUACGGUGGGUUAUGAAUGUUUUUUUUGUCAUAUUUUGUUUAAAUGCGUUUGUUAGCCUUUGAGAAAAGAACUUUCUUUUGAUAAAUCAUUUUUAAAAAUUGUCCCAAAUAUAAGAUAUCAUUCUUCCCUUUAUCUUCA